AUUUCCUCUGCAGUACUCAAUUGAUCCCUUUGUUUUUCUAUUCGCAAACUGAGGUUUGAAUCAUUGGGCACUCCUAAUACUUCUCUCUCUUUUUCUUUUUAAUAUAAACCCACUCCCCAUAAUUUAUAUUGUUCAUACUACUAUUCUUGUAAUUUCUCUCUUAUUUUAAUUACUACUAUAUAGUUUUUUCAUUUUUAUAUAUUUUUGUGCUGUUCCCCUUUUGUGUUUUACACUUUCUUUAGAAAAACUCUUUUGUGUGUGUAUGGCCGGCAUAGACUUGGGUUCAGCAUCACACUUUGUUCAUCACCUUCAACGCCCUGACCUUGAAGAUGAUGAUAAUAACCAAGACCAAGACCCGAGCAACAACCAUCACGAGGGUCUUGACCUAGUUUCGCCAAAUCAAGGCCCUGGUGAUGUUGUUGCUCGUAGGCCAAGAGGGAGACCUCCGGGUUCCAAGAACAAGCCUAAGCCACCGGUGAUCAUCACAAGGGAGAGUGCAAACACUCUUAGGGCACACAUCCUUGAAGUUAGUAGUGGUUGCGAUGUGUUUGACUCUGUGGCCACUUAUGCAAGAAAGCGUCAACGGGGAAUCUGUGUUCUUAGCGGCAGCGGAACUGUUACCAACGUCACGCUCCGACAACCAGCAGCUGCCGGAGCAGUCGUGACGCUUCAUGGAAGAUUUGAGAUACUUUCUCUAUCAGGAUCCUUUCUACCACCUCCUGCUCCACCAGGGGCUACAAGUUUAACUGUGUUUCUUGGUGGAGGCCAGGGACAAGUGGUAGGAGGAAAUGUUAUUGGGCUUUUAGUGGCUUCUGGGCCUGUUAUUGUUAUUGCCUCGUCGUUUACUAAUGUAGCGUAUGAAAGGUUGCCCUUAGAUGAAGACGAGGCUCUUCAGAUAGAACAAGGGCAACCUUCUGGUGGCGGUGGCGGUGUCAGUGGCAGUGGUGUUAAUAACUCUUUUCCGGAUCCUUCUUCGGGGUUACCGUUCUUCAAUCUACCUCUAAACAUGCCUAAUUUGGCCGUUGAUGGUUGGGCCGGUGGGAACUCUAGUGGUGGAAGACAAUCUUUUUGAUGAUGAGGAGCUUCUUAAUUUUUGAGAGGGCACAAAAGGUGAGAAGUUGAACCUCCAUCAAAGGUAUAAUAUAUUGGUUUUUAAUUAAUUUUAUGAGACUUUCUUCGAGUUGUGUUGUGAACAAGUGCUGAUUUUGUAUGUCCAAGUGUCUCAUUUUCCAUUGGCUAGGUGAUGUUGUGUAAGGACUUGGUUUUAAUAUAAUUCUAAAUUCCUAGGGACAAUUGUAAAACA